CUGGCAGCGGGCGCGCGCGCGAGCAAAAACCACAUCGUGUCUAUAUCAUAGAAGAGAAAGAGUCCGUGUAUCAGUAUGCAGCGCAAUACGGUAGACAGCAGAACUACACGAACGACGAUGACGAUGCCGAUGCGGAGUUGAGACCAGCAGCCAGCCAGUCACGGUCUCCGGUGCCAGAAAGUCACAAGUGUCUUCCUAUUGAGGUGUGUAAUCCGCGCGCGUGCGAAUUUCCUAUUCCGUUUCCGCUCCGGUCCAAGCUCUGCUGCAUCCAAUUGGAAUCCUGCACAAUAUGAAAUCCUAAUCCUAGAAGCCCCCCGGAUGGUUCGGUUAUGAGCGUUGCUGUUGUGUAGACCUGCCACCAAGCUUGUGUGGGUGACCCAACGAAGGUCCCGAAAACCGUGCGGUGCUCUGUGUGCUGACCAAGUGACACCAAGUUGUUUGGUUAGGGUCGUUGUUUGCUCAGCUCUUAUCAACGCGUGUUGGUUGAUAAGAUUUUCAACAAGAAUAGCAAGAACCGUUUGAUCUUGUGCCGCCCGGUGUCGUUACAUGUGUGAGAAAGGGCAUGCGCGUGGUGAAUGUAAACAAUUAGCGGUUACAUGCCGGUAACAGAAUAGACCUUUGACGGUGUGCUUAAAAUCCUGGCGCUUCUUGACGUGUUCACACGAAGCCUGCCCGAAGAUUGACGAACUUGGAAGUGAGUGUACCUAACGAGGAUCGUAUCGUCCGCCGAUGAGCUCACAGGCCACGUACGUUCGAGCGAGGUUUCAAGGUGAUUAAUAUUCAAUAAAUUUGUGGUUUGUUCACGAGAUCCGAGCUUAAUAAAUAAACAAACGAACCCCGAACGGUUUGGUCGGAGAUAGAUGUUAUUGGAAACCAACGGCUGGCAAGCGAACGUGAUGGAGCAAUCGAAUGAGUCAGCCGCCGCAACUGCGUCGGCGGCGGCCAAUAACGUACCACGAAACUCACAGCCGGGUGAUUUUGCAACUGCCGCCGCAGUCGUGCUUUCACUGCAGAGCACAAUGGUUACCAGUCUCCAGCAGGCGGCCCUGAUGCCUGCCAAUUCCGCAGCUGCAGCUGCAUUCAACCUUCAGGCACUCGAAUCAUAUCUCACUCUACAGAGAAUAACCGGAAAAUCGGACGUGCUUCGUCUGUCCAAUCGUGCACCGUUGCCCUCGAUGCCUCUGACCUCGCCGUCAUCGACCGUCACCUCGGCUGCGGCGAACACGGACGAUAUGCUGAUGGACACGCAACCGGCAUCGGUGCAGCAGCUGCUCCAGAACAAUGACCUCAGCGAAGAACUUCCGGUUCUCGAUCAGGACGAUGAUCUCAACUUCGAUGAUCCCAUGCACGACUCGACAUCCGACGGCAAUUCACUGGACACCGGUUACCCUAGCCUCGUUCUGAAUGCGGCCUUUCACCAGCAAAUGAGUGCAGACAAGUUCAAAACUCUGGCUGCCGCUUCAUCAUCAUCAUCAUCAUCAUUAACGUCAACGUCAACGAAUCCGGCGGCCGCCGUUGCUGCAGCCGCCGCUAGUCUGGUUGCAAGUUCGGCUGUCGCAGCCGCAGCGGCUGUGUCGAAAAAAUGUACACCCACGUCAACGGCUACGAUUACGGCUACAACUCAUCAACAGCAGCCGCCGUCGGGAAUGACAGCCACUACAGCCGCCACCGCCGGACAAAGACCCAAAAAGCAAUUCAUUUGUCAGUUCUGCAAACGACAAUUUACAAAAUCCUACAAUUUACUGAUCCACGAGCGGACCCACACCGACGAGCGACCAUAUUCCUGUGACAUCUGCGGUAAAGCCUUCCGUCGACAGGAUCAUCUACGGGAUCAUAGAUACAUCCACUCCAAGGAGAAACCCUUCAAGUGCCUGGAAUGCGGAAAGGGAUUCUGUCAGUCGCGGACGCUAGCCGUGCACAAGAUACUGCACAUGGAGGAAUCGCCCCACAAGUGCCCGGUGUGCAGCCGAAGCUUCAACCAGCGAUCGAACCUGAAGACCCACCUGCUCACCCACACGGACAUUAAACCGUAUCACUGUGCGGCCUGCGGUAAGGUAUUCCGGCGGAACUGUGAUCUGCGAAGGCACAGCCUCACGCACAAUCUGGGCGCCAGCGGUUCCGUUGGGCUCGACGGUCAGUUGGAUCUGAGCGGAAGUUCCUCGAUCGGUGCCAGCGAUUCCGAAGCCAAUACCAUCGAUCUGAUGGCACUGGCUGGCGUUGAUUAAGUGAGUUCCGUAGGAUCCUGCGAUGGUGCUCCCAUGCGCCCAAUACCUGCUGCCUGUUGGUUCAUAAUUGCAAAUGUUGACGUUUAGUGAGAUAGGUUUUUUGUUUAGUUUGAAGUGAAAAGUGCAUUCUGACGAAAUGUGGGUCGGAAUCGAAUUCUUUUUUUUAUUGCUAGAUUAUUAAAAAUGUGAUGAAAAUGAGUACUUCUUGUAGAACAAAGGUAGAAAAACUAUGCUUAUGUUUUUUUUAGAAAAGCCGAUUCCUUUUAAUGACACUAUCCUCAUAUAUUGUUAGUAGCUAAAAAUGUUAGUUGUUUCAUUUCUGAAAUACUACUUAUACUUUGCUUAAGAGACAGUUAAACGAAAAGAUAUCCGAUAGUGUUAAGGUUCUAUAUAUUAUACAGUGCAUCAAAUUGUUAAAGUAGAGACCCGUUACAAUGUACAGUAACGAACAAAUGUAAAUAGUUUUAUGUCAACUCCAACGAGAAAUUGAAAUAAAUGAAA